GGGUUCGGGAUUCUAGCCACUGGAAGGCGUGAAAAGGGUUUGCACCUCUUCGAACCAGCGAGAGGGCGGCGGAGAUUAGGGUUCUUCGACCUCCUCUCUUCCUCCUCUCUCGCUUCGCUCUACGAUUCAGCUCUAACUAAGAUGGAGGACACCUUCCUUUUCACCUCUGAAUCUGUCAAUGAGGGUCACCCUGACAAGCUCUGUGACCAGAUCUCAGACGCGGUGCUUGAUGCCUGCCUCGAGCAGGACCCCGACAGCAAGGUUGCGUGCGAGACCUGCACCAAGACCAACAUGGUCAUGGUCUUUGGUGAGAUCACCACCAAGGGCAAUAUUGAUUAUGAGAAAAUUGUCCGUGACACUUGCCGUGAUAUCGGGUUCACAUCCGAGGAUGUAGGCCUUGAUGCCGACCACUGCAAGGUGCUUGUGAACAUCGAGCAGCAGUCCCCUGACAUUGCUCAGGGUGUUCAUGGCCACUUCACAAAGCGCCCUGAGGAGAUUGGUGCUGGCGACCAGGGACACAUGUUUGGCUACGCGACCGAUGAGACUCCCGAGUUGAUGCCCCUCAGCCAUGUCCUUGCUACGAAGCUUGGUGCUCGCCUCACCGAGGUUCGCAAGAAUGGAACUUGUCCCUGGUUGAGGCCCGAUGGCAAGACCCAGGUUACUGUUGAGUACCGAAACGACCAUGGUGCCAUGAUUCCUGUCCGCGUGCACACCGUCCUGAUCUCCACCCAACAUGAUGAGACCGUGACUAACGACGAGAUUGCCGCUGACUUGAAGGAGCAUGUUAUCAAGCCUGUUAUUCCGGAGCAGUACUUGGAUGAAAAGACCAUCUUCCAUCUGAACCCCUCUGGUCGUUUUGUUAUCGGUGGACCUCAUGGUGAUGCUGGCCUCACCGGUCGCAAGAUCAUUAUCGACACCUACGGUGGCUGGGGAGCACACGGAGGUGGUGCCUUUUCGGGCAAAGAUCCUACGAAGGUCGACCGAAGCGGUGCCUACGUCGCCAGGCAGGCAGCUAAGAGCAUUGUGGCCAGUAAGCUUGCUCGUCGCUGCAUCGUCCAGGUUUCCUAUGCCAUCGGGGUGCCCGAGCCGCUGUCCGUGUUUGUUGACACUUACGGAACAGGCAAGAUCCCCGAUAAAGAGAUUUUGAAGAUUGUAAAGGAGAAUUUUGACUUCAGGCCUGGGCUGAUCACCAUUAACCUUGGCCUAAAGAGGGGUGGGUACAGGUAUCUCAAGACAGCAGCUUAUGGACAUUUCGGCAGGGACGACCCAGACUUCACCUGGGAGGUAGUCAAGCCCCUCGAGUGGGAGAAGCCAGCUGCUUAGAUUGGUCAUGGUGGCACCGAAAGCUGCUGUUGCUCUUGUAGCCGUUGCUUGUUUGGUUGGUUAUGUUGUGUUUCUUCGUUGUAAUGGUAUCAAAGUCGUCUACAUGGGUUUGAUCAAAGAAGAAAAGAAGGAAACUCGCAUAUCUUUCUCACCAACUAUUAUGGUCAAUAGUAUAAAUGCUUUAUACUCUUGUCUAUGAAAGAACAUUAUUUCCUACCCUCUGCUUGUAAAAAUAAAUGUGGCACUUAGAAAAGAGUUACACAUGAAAUAUAUUUUUUGUGCCUCGAAA